AUGGCGGAAAGUGGGAAUGUGAGCCGGCUGAGAGUUGGGUUGGUGUUGAUUCUGUGUUUCCUGAAAUGGGUUCACGCCGUUACGGAUCCUAACGACUUCGAAGUGUUGAUGGAUUUCAAGAAGGGGCUGGAAAACCCAGAGCUCCUCCGGUGGCCGGAGGAAGGCGACGAUGACCCGUGUGGCCCGCCUCUGUGGCCCCACGUGUUCUGUUCCGACGGGAGGGUGACCCAGAUUCAGGUCCAGAACAUGAGCCUCGCCGGUUCUCUGCCGGAGAAUUUCAACCAGCUCACCAAGCUCUACAACUUGGGCCUCCAGAAGAACAAUUUCACCGGCAAGCUGCCUACUUUCAGUGGUUUAUCCGAAUUGCAAUACGCCUUCUUGGAUUUCAACCAUUUCGACACGAUCCCUUCUGAUUUCUUCGACGGGUUAACCAGCAUUCGAGUUCUUUCGUUGGAUUAUAACCCUUUGAACCACACCGCCGGAUGGUCUUUCCCGGCUGCCUUGGAAGGUUCCAGUCAGUUGACCAAUCUGUCCAUUUCCAGCUGCAACUUGGUCGGUCCGUUGCCUGAUUUUCUAGGCAAAUUGCCGCUUCUGAACUCUCUGAGGCUUUCUUACAACCAGUUGGUAGGUGAAAUCCCUGCGAAUUUCGGUCAGUCCUCGAUGACGGUUCUGUGGCUGAAUAACCAGGAGGGAGGGGGGUUGAGUGGUACAUUGGAUGUUGUUGGUGAAAUGACUUCAUUAACAGAACUCUGGCUUCAGGGGAAUUCUUUCACUGGGAUUAUUCCUGAUAGUAUUGGAGGUCUUGUAUUGUUGAAAAAGCUCAAUCUCAAUGGAAACAAGCUAGCUGGUGUGAUUCCUCAAGGAUUGGCUGAUCUUGAGCUUGAUGACUUGGACUUGAACAACAAUCACUUCAUGGGUCCAAUCCCAAAGUUCAAGGCAAGCAAGGUCAGUUAUGCUUCCAAUUCAUUUUGUCAAUCUAAACCAGGGCUCUCAUGUGCUGAGCAAGUCAAUGUACUGUUAGAUUUUGUUGCUGAUUUGAAUUAUCCUGUGAGUAUUGCUUCUGAAUGGUCUGGCAAUGAUCCAUGUGGAGUGCCAUGGCCCGGAUUGAACUGCGAUGCUAACUCGAAAGUCUCUGUGAUCAACUUGCCUAGACGGAAUCUAACCGGUACACUCAGCCCUUCUCUAGCUAAGCUUACUUCAUUGCUUCAUGUCAAUCUACAAGGAAACAAUAUAACCGGUUCGAUUCCUGAAAAUUUCACUAGUUUGGAGGCCUUAAGAGUGCUGGAUGUUAGUGGCAACAAUCUAAGCCCUCCGUUGCCCAAAUUCCAUGAUGGUGUUAAGCUUGUCAUUGAUGGAAACCCUCUUCUGGUCAAUCAAGGUCACCCUCUUUCACCCCCUAGUGGUACUCCACUUCCUCCAAGUUCACAAACCACUCCAUCUGGGAGGAAGCCAAUUAUAAGCUCACCACCAUCGUCUUCUAGUGUGCCAACUUCAGCCAACUCAACUGUCCGUGCGAAGGAAAGAUCUAAAGGCAACAAACUGGUAAUCAUAGCCGGCAUUGUGGCAGGUUCACUAUUGAUUCUCUUGGUGAUUGGUUUGUGUAUAUAUUUAAGCUGUAUGAAGAGGAAGAAAGCAGCAGGGGCCUCGAGCUUGUUUGUAGUUCACCCUAGGGAUCCAUAUGACCCCGAACGUAAUUUGAAGAUUGCAGUCGCAAGUAACUAUACUGGGACACUUUCCAACACUUCAUUGAGUAGUGGUACAACCGAAGGCUCUCGCACGAUGGACUCUGGAGGCAUGGUGUUAUCGGUCCAAGUUCUUAAGAAGGUGACCAAUGACUUUGACCCAGAGAAUGAGCUUGGCCGCGGAGGAUUUGGAACAGUCUAUAAAGGUCAACUAGAAGAUGGGACGAUGAUCGCUGUCAAGAGAAUGGAGGCUGGUGUUGUCAACAGCAAAGCACUUGGUGAGUUCGAAGCUGAGAUAGCUGUUCUUUCUAAAGCUCGCCAUCGCCAUUUAGUCUCGCUUUUGGGGUAUGCUAUCGAAGGAUGCGAGAGGCUACUUGUGUAUGAGUAUAUGUCUCAGGGUGCUCUGAGUAGACAUCUUUUUCAAUGGAAGAAGUUUAACUUGGAUCCUCUUUCUUGGACGAGAAGAUUGAGCAUUGCCCUUGAUGUUGCUAGAGGAAUGGAGUACCUUCAUAGCAUGGCUAGGGAGACAUUUAUUCAUCGAGAUCUCAAGUCGUCCAACAUUCUUCUGGGGGAGGAUUUUCGUGCUAAGGUCUCGGAUUUUGGGUUGGUGAAGCUUGCUCAGAAUGGACAUGAUUCUGUUGCUACUAAGCUCGCUGGCACGUUUGGAUAUCUUGCUCCUGAAUAUGCUGUAACUGGAAAAAUCACAACAAAAUCCGACGUGUUCAGCUAUGGAGUGGUGCUGAUGGAGCUCCUGACGGGGCUAACAGCGCUGAACGACGAGCGUGCUGAGGAAACCCGGUACCUGCCAGACUGGUUUCACCACAUCAGAUCAGACCGAGACAAGAUGAUGAACGCCAUCGACACAUCGCUCGAGAAGACGGAAGAAACAAUCGAGAGCAUAGCGAUCGUCGUCGAGCUGGCAGGCCACUGUGCUGCGAGAGAGCCUAGCCAGAGGCCCGACAUGAGUCACGCGGUGAAUGUUCUUGCACCGCUGGUGGAGAAAUGGAAGCCAGCCGAGGACAUCUCUCAGAACUUCGCGGGCAUGGAUCUCCAUGCUCCCCUGAUGCAGAUACUGAAAGUUUGGCAUGAUAAAGGCACGACGAACUCCUCGGACGCUUCUUCAACUUCGGUGAGUUAUGGUGGUGAUAGCAAGAGCAGCCACUCGGCUGGUGCUACUUGGUGUCCUGACUCCUUCAAUUCUGGUAAUUGUCGAUAA